UUUUAGCGCCGCAUUCAUUUAGAAAACACGUUUUAUUAAAAACAGGAUUUCAAAUGAGUGUUUUCCGUGCAAUAUGUGUUGUGUUAUUGAGCACACUCGUUACAGCCGACCUGCCCCACCCACUUUCCGAUGAAUUCAUCGAUCUCAUCAACUUCAAACAAUCUCUAUGGAAAGCCGGAAGAAACUUCCAAGCUGACGUUCCGUUCAACUACAUCAAGAAACUCAUGGGGGCACUUAAGGAUAACUACCAUGCGAAGCUGAUGAAUAUACACCAUGACGACGCUUUAUUAGUAAACCUACCAGAGAAUUUUGACCCACGAGAUAAGUGGCCGAACUGUCCUACUUUAAAUGAAAUUAGAGAUCAGGGGUCCUGUGGGAGCUGCUGGGCGUUCGCUGCUGUCGAGGCCAUGACGGAUCGAAUUUGCAUUUAUUCUAAUGGAGCCAGACAUUUCCAUUUCUCCGCCGAAGACAUGAUGAGCUGCUGUGGUAAUUGUGGCCACGGCUGCCGAGGUGGUGUACCGACUCUUGCGUGGAUGUACUGGAUGAGUAACGGACUUGUAUCUGGUGGAUCGUACAACUCUAGUCAAGGCUGCAUGCCGUAUGAGAUCCCGCCUUGCGAUCAUCAUGUUCCUGAAAACAGAGUUCCCUGCACCAGUGACGACAACGAGACGCCUGAAUGCGUUAAACGUUGCGAAAAAGGCUACAAAAUUCCGUAUAAAAAGGACAAGCACUUUGGUAAAACUUUGUAUGCUGUUAAAGGUGAAGAUCAAAUCAAGGCAGAGCUUUUUGUGAACGGACCUGUUGAGGCAACGUUCACUGUGUAUGCUGAUUUGCUCGCGUACAAGAGUGGAGUGUACCGACACAUACAAGGAGAGGUCCUGGGUGGCCACGCGAUAAAGAUUACAGGCUGGGGCGUCGAUAAUGGAACCAAGUACUGGUCGGUUGCGAACUCGUGGAAUUCUGAUUGGGGCGAAAACGGAUUCUUCAAAAUUGUUCGAGGAGAGAAUCAUUGUGAUAUUGAGGGCAAUGUUGUUGCUGGUGCUCCCACAUUGUAAAACCUUGUUAAACUGUUAAAUAUAAAAUGUCCGCACAGCUGAAGUAAGAA